GUCACCCAUUUCUUCUUGCGCUUCAAUUGGUGAUUGGAGGGGGCGUACGUUGUUGUUCACUUCCGGCCGACAAGUGAGAGCAAAGAUGGCCGCUGUUACCAGAUGUUCGUUCACAUUGGUUCGCCGUUUGCUCUCUCUCCAGUACAAACGUUGCUGCUCCAGAUUUCAAAUAACCACACCAGACUCCACUCCUUCCUACUCCUUACCAAUGCACCAUGCCUUUAUCCCAAAACGAUGCAGUGCACGGGGGUUUCACACCAACUUUGCUUCAGGUGGACCAAUUCUUCAAUUCAAACUCUCUGAUAUUGGGGAAGGCAUCAUGGAGGUGACGGUGAAGGAAUGGUAUGUAAAGGAAGGAGACAAGGUGUCACAAUUUGACAGCAUCUGUGAGGUGCAGAGUGACAAGGCCUCUGUCACCAUAACGAGCCGCUAUGAUGGUGUGAUCCGCAAGCUUUACUAUGAGGUGGAUUCUACAGCUUUAGUUGGCACACCCCUAGUUGAUAUUGAGACGGAGUCAGGUCCAGAGGUGGCCCAAGAAGAAGAUGUUGUAGAGACACCAGCAAUGUCACACGAUGAGCACACACACCAGGAAAUCAAGGGGCAUAAGACUCAUGCCACACCUGCAGUACGGCGGUUAGCCAUGGAGAACAAUAUCAAGUUAAGUGAAGUGGUUGGAACUGGAAAAGAUGGACGCAUUCUUAAAGAGGACAUCCUCAACUUCCUGGCUAAGCAGACAGGGGCCAUCUUACCUCCCACUCCAUUCCUUGAAAUCCAGACCUCUGCAGCCAUACCCUCUGCCACCAAACCUAAGGAGAAGGUGGCACCACUGAGUGCUCCUAGCCAUGUCAUGCCCAAACCUGUCUUCACUGGGAAAGAUGUCACAGAGCCCCUAAAGGGGUUCCAUAAAGCAAUGGUGAGGACAAUGACUGCAGCCUUAAAGAUACCACACUUUGGAUAUUGUGAUGAGGUGGACCUUACACGGCUAGUAGAGCUGCGAGCAGAGCUGAAGAGUUUGUCUGAGUCCCGAGGGGUCAAGCUCAGCUACAUGCCCUUCUUUAUCAAGGCAGCCUCCCUUGGCCUGUUGCAUUUCCCAAUUCUCAAUGCCUCGGUAGAUGAAUUCUGCCAGAAUAUCACCUACAAGGUAGCCCACAACAUUGGCUUAGCAAUGGAUACAAACCAGGGUCUGCUGGUUCCAAACGUGAAGAACGUACAAGUGCUAAGUGUGUUUGACAUUGCUGUUGAGCUCAAUCGACUACAGACACUCGGUGCAAAUGGGCAGCUUGGAACCGCUGACCUCAUGGGGGGCACUUUCAGUCUCUCCAACAUUGGCUCAAUUGGAGGCACAUAUGCAAAGCCUGUGAUUCUGCCCCCCGAAGUGGCCAUUGGUGCACUGGGAAAGAUUCAGAUCCUUCCAAGGUUCAACUCAGCAGGUGAUGUAGCAAAAGCCCACAUCAUGAAUGUCAGUUGGUCAGCGGACCACCGGAUCAUUGACGGGGCUACCAUGUGUCGCUUCUCUAACCUAUGGAGGUCUUACUUGGAGAACCCUUCCACCAUGGUCCUUGAUUUGAAAUGAA